AUGUCCAGCAUCUACAACACAGAGCCGCAGCCGACGGCAUCAGCCAUCCUGCACACCACUUCUGGCGACAUAUCUGUGGAACUCUUCGCUAAGCAGACGCCGCUGACUUGCCGCAACUUUUUGCAACUCUGUUUAGACGGAUAUUACGACAAUACCAUAUUCCAUCGCCUGGUCCCUGGGUUCAUUCUUCAGGGUGGCGAUCCGACUGGCACUGGAAAUGGAGGCGAAUCCAUCUAUGAUGGCGGUGCCUUCAGUGGUGACCUGGAUCCUUGGCCUAUGGACCAGAGGAGAGGUCGCAAUGCUGGUCCGACUGGCGUGAAUUUCAAAGAUGAAUUCCAUUCAAGGCUGAAAUUCAACCGCCGGGGUUUGCUUGGCAUGGCAAAUGAAGGAGCUCUAGACACAAAUGGUAGCCAGUUUUUCUUCACUCUCGGCAAGACUGAGGAGCUCAACGGCAAAAAUACUGUAUUUGGCCGAGUGGCCGGAGAUACUAUUUACAAUCUCGCCAAAAUGGGGGAGGCGGAGGUUGAAGAGGGGGGUGAUAGGCCACUGUAUCCAACUAAAAUCACAGGAGUGGAGAUUCUCAUAAACCCAUUUGAUGAUAUGAAGAAGAGGGAACGUGUGGCAGCGCGGACAGCAAAGCCUGCAGCUUCCGACAAAAAGAAGGAGAAGAAGCGCAAGGGUGGUAAGCAGCUGCUAAGCUUUGGCGACGAGGAAGGCGAUGACGACGUUCCCGUGGUGAAGAAGGCGAAGUUCGACACAAGAAUCGUCAUAGACGUCGAGGAGGAAGCCCUUGAUGUGCCCAAAACACCAAAGAAGACCAAGAAAGAAAUGAAGGCUUCUAAAACAUCUAUACCAGUAAGGGAAUUGCCAGAGAAGGACGAAAAGCGUCAAAUUCCCACCUCAUUGCCCUCACCGGUUCCGAGACAAGAGAUAAAGAAGCCAGUCUUCCACGAAGAGUCCUCACCGGAGCCGGAGCCGGUCAAGAAGAAGUCUGCUCUUGAAAAAACCAACGACGAGAUUGCGGCUCUUAAAGCCUCGAUGAGACGGACGAUACAACCAGAACCUGUCAAAGAGAGGCACAAGACUGCUUUGGAGCAGCUGAUACCAGAAUCGGCCCUGAGAGGUCGAAAGAGAAGGCCAGGCGGCAGCCAGGUCACCGCAAGUGACGAGAAGAAAGCCAAGGAUUUAUUGGCGGCGUUCAAGGCCAAACUUGAGCAGGCUGGACCGGAGAGGAAGGCAACGCAGGCACCUCUUCCGGAGAACGGAGAAGGUAACGAUGGGGAAGAUGUUGGUGAAGAUGAGGAAGUCUGUGAUCUGCAUUUUAUUGCAAACUGCCAGAGCUGCAAGGCAUGGGAUAAGAUCGAAGAAAAGGGGGAUAGCGACGAUGAAGGGUGGAUGUCUCAUUCCCUGAGUUUCGCAGCGGACAAGCUAGGUAAAGACCUGAGUUAUCGCAAGAAGGCAGAAGAAGAGUUAGUGGUUAUUGAUCCACGGGAGAAAGCUCGGACACUCAAGGAGGAAAAGAAAGCGGAGAGGGAGGCACGAUCUAAUUCAGGGCGAGCUUGGGACCAAGCCAGAAACGCUCAAAUGUCGAGAUCAGCUGGGCUCGCAGGUAGAGGAGCAAGGUAG